GGCACGGAGCAGGUGCACUCGCUGCUCUCGGGCCAGCACAACUGGUACGCCACCUCGCACGCCCGCCCCACCUACUGCAAUGUGUGCCGGGAGGCGCUCUCAGGCGUCACGUCGCACGGGCUGAGCUGCGAGGUGUGCAAGCUGAAGGCCCACAAGCGGUGCGCGGCGAAGGCCCUCAACAACUGCAAGUGGACGACGCUGGCCUCCGUCGGGAAGGACAUCAUCGAGGACGAGGACGGGACUUCAGGACUGGCGGUGCCUGUGGUGUCGCGCGAUGGUCCACACGGCAUGUCGGCCCCUGCACCCGACCCGCUGCCCCCUGGGCCCCUGCCGCGUCUCCAUCGUGCCCCCCACCACUCUCACCACCAUAGGCACAGACGAGUCGUGGGAAGCGACACGACCCCAGGGCUGCUCUCCCCUGCUAGUGUUUGUGAACAGCAAGUCAGGUGACAACCAGGGUGUGAGGUUUCUGCGGCGGUUCAAGCAACUUCUCAACCCUGCACAGGUGUUUGACCUCAUGAAUGGCGGACCAGUUCUUGGUUUGCGGCUGUUCAAGUGCUUCAACCCCUUCAGAAUACUGAUAUGUAGUGGAGAUGGAUCUGUGGGAUGGGUAUUGACUGAGAUUGACAAGCUCCAUAUGACAAACCAGUGCCAGAUAGGAGUGCUACCUCUGGGCACAGGGAAUGACCUGGCCCGGGUCCUAGGAUGGGGCUCGGCCUGUGAUGACGACACGCACUUGCCCCACAUCCUGGAGAAGUACGAGCGUGCGACAACCAAAAUGCUGGACAGAUGGAGCAUCAUGAGCUAUGUCAGCCAUGUAUCUCUGAGUGGAGAACAACAGCUGUCAACCAUGACGUCCCCUUCCUUGCUGUCCCAAGUUGCAGCCUACGAGGAUUCAGUUGGUGCUCAUUUGGCAACCCUGCUACAGUCAGAUCAACACUCCGUUGUCAUUUCAUCUGCGAAAGUCCUUUGCGAGACAAUCAAAUCCCUGAUAAUGAAAGUGGGCAAGAGUUGGGGAGACUCAUCAGAAUCACAAGAUGGAGCCACAUCAUCCGAGGAUUCGCUUACAGCCAAAUGUGCGGUGCUCAACGACAAGCUAGACCUACUUCUCCGUGCCUUGCAUGAAGAGAGUAUAGCCUCAAUGUCCACUGUCAGUAGUGUGCAGGAAGAUUCAUCUUUUGUAGAUGAGAGCCCUGAUACAAGUGUUGAUCUGGACAGUGCUGAAAGGACCAGUUUGUGUAAGGAAGAAAAGAACAUUUCUAACAUUCACCAAAGAAAGAAGACCAAAACGAAACACUUUAUAGAGCGAGAUGCUUUAAUGUCUAGAGCGAAUAGCCUGAAAAAGGCUGUCAGAGAAAUCAUAGAACACACUGAGAGAGCCGUCGACAGCCAGAACGAACAGACCUUCAUUCGACAGCAGCCACCCACUAUCAGGCUCGAGCCAUCUGAGGAUGACCCCUCACAUGAAAUUCAGGCUCCGACUAUCACACACUCAGGGUUACAGGUCCUGCCCACCAUCGAUGCUUCUUCAUCUGAGCCAUCGCCGUGCCCCUCCCCCCUUCCUGCUCCCGGGUUGCCUCCAUUUGUUUCAUCCAUCACCACAAACUUCCCCCUCCCCCCCGUCUCUCCUCUCCCAUCAUCCCAUCCCAUGUAUUCCAUCCACACUCAGCAGCUCUCUGGCUCUUCUUUCCUCCAGCUCCCGGGAGGAAGCUCACCUCCCCUUGACACAGCUGUUGAUGAAACUGUGGAACAACUGAGGUUUCAAUACCAAGCCAUCUCUCCCCUGCCUGACCUGCGCCGCGAGAGCCAUGGGGAAUUUGAGUUCCCCCCAACUCUCCCUGUGCCCAGUGAGUUUGCCGAUCUCUCCAGGAAGAACAGCAUGCAAGAGGGGAGAGAGGGUGAGCGGGGCCCCCCUAUAUCCUUCGAGGACAUUGAAGUCCAGAUACAAUCCUCCACUGACAAUCUCUUAGACGUAGGUGAAGAUGAGCCUUACACUUUUGAAGAAAAGUCCAUCACAGAAAUCAGGGACUCACUUGUUAAUUCUUUGAACAACUCACUAGAUAUUGAUGAGGAUUGGGAAGAGGAUGCAGCAGAAGAUAGGAAUAAGGAUCAAACAGAUGAGGAACAGAAAGUUGAUGAUAUUCAGGAAGAUGAAAAGGAAAAGACUGAAGCUGGAGAUAGUGAUGAAACAGAUAAUACUGUAAGGGAGACUUGCAAAUAUGAAGCCAAGGACGAUGAAAAUGGCAACACAGAGGACACAACACCAGAAGGAGACAUCAGUGUCAUUGAAGAUGUGUCCACUAAUGUAGAAGAUGAAGACUUUCCCACAGUAAGAGAGAACCUUGAAAAUGAAGAAUAUGAGACUGAGGAGGUUCCUGAGAGAGAAGAUCCUACAGGACAAGAGUCACAUGAAGAAAUUCAGACUCCAGAAGUCCCUCUUGCUGAGGCAGAGACUUCAGAAAGUAUUGAGGAUGAGCUAGAAGAUACUGUACCUCCUCCUUCAGAGCGGUAUGUGGAGGGUGCUGAAGCCACAGCAGAGGAAGACCAAGACGAGGAGAAAGGUGAGGAGUCAUCGCGGCGAAUAUCUACAGGCUCUACCCUCAAAAGUCCAGGGCCACCCAUCUCCACUCUGAAUGUGACAUCUACGACCCCUGGACGGGACAAGAGCAGGAGUCCUGAGCGUGGGGGGCGGGGUUCUACAAGCCGAGGCUUAGCUAGAAGCUCUGCGGCUGCCCGAUCAUCUCGCAAACACCUCCCUAUCAUCAACCCACUUGUCUCACUACCCAUGUGGCCAAACAUUGCAGCGGGUGCCAGCUCGGGAGGACUUAUCAGUAAGGUUCUGUUGGCCAAUGCUGAUGCUUUGUGUGCUGCAGCCUCUCCCCUUAUGGACCUUGAUGACUCAUCCUUAGAUGGGUAUGAGGAAAGGUGUACAAUGAACAACUAUUUUGGCAUUGGGAUUGAUGCCAAGAUAACACUGGAUUUUCACAACAAGCGAGAAGAACAUCCGGAAAAGUGCCGUUCCCGUACAAAGAACUUCAUGUGGUAUGGUGUAUUAGCAUCUAAAGAAUGGUUAUGUAAAACUUACAAAAAUCUGGAUCAGCGGGUACAGCUGGAAUGCGAUGGUGAGAGAAUUCCAUUACCAUCACUCCAGGGUAUUGUUGUACUUAACAUUCCAAGUUUCAUGGGUGGCACCAACUUCUGGGGCGGCACAAAGGAGGAUGACUGCUUCCUGGCUCCCAGCUUUGAUGACAAAAUUCUGGAGGUUGUUGCUGUCUUUGGUUCUGCCCAGAUGGCUGCCUCUCGGAUCAUAAAUCUGCAGCAUCACCGCAUUGCCCAGUGCUCUAGCAUUAAGAUAACGAUCCUCGGAGAAGCUGGAGAGGAAGGUGUACCAAUUCAAGUGGAUGGUGAGGCUUGGACACAGCCUCCAGGCAUAGUCCGCAUUGUACACAAAAAUCGUGUUCAGAUGCUGUGCAGGAAUAGGGACUUGGAAGUAUCUCUGAAGGCCUGGGAAGAGAAACAGAGAAGCUCAGGAAGCCAGGCUAAGGAGCCAACAUUGCUGGCUGAUGAAGAGUUACCUGUACUUGCUGCCUUGGCUACUAUCGUAAGCGAGGUCAUCAGCACACUGCGGUUGGUGGCAGUGAGCACGCCAAACUUGGAAAACCGCUUGAAUGAAUUGGCGUCAUCAGCCUCCACCUGUCUCGAGAAAAUAUGGCGUGAGGGAAGAGUCAUUGAAGGGCCAAACUUAAGAAUGUUGGCAACAGAGCUUGUGAAUAAUGUGAAGGGUCUGCAUGCUGAAAUUAUGACAAUCUUGAAGGAAGAAACACUUGUGUUGACCCAGACCUUGGAUGACAGUUUGCGUGGAAAUUUAACCCAACUUGAGAACUCGCUAAAACAUGCUCAUGAGAAAGACAACUUGAUACACUUUAUGUCAGAAGAAGAGGGCGAACGUAAAAGAGCACAUUCUAAAGGCUUGUUCAAACUGAAGCUGAAGCGAGAAGGGCGACGUGGUGGAGUCGAGAGGGAGGUCAGGGAGUGGGGUCCGGACGAGGUGGCGGCUUGGCUAGAUGCCUUGCAGCUCACCGAGUACAGGGAGUCCUUUAUCCGCCAUGACAUCAGGGGAUCAGAGCUUCUCAAUCUGGAGCGAAGGGAUCUUAAGGAACUUGGAAUUACUAAAAUUGGCCACAUAAAGCGAAUCCAGCAAGGUAUUCGAGAGAUCAAAGACAGUAAGUCUCACAGCUAAACUACUUACAUAAAACUUGGUCACAAGAAGAAGAUUAACUGCUUUAUACCAGCACCCUCAGAGGACACCUUUGGAAGAGAAGGUUAUGAAUACAUCUUUGGAGACCUUGAUAUGGGUCUCUGCCUUUUCUUUGUAUAUUUUCCUUAUUUUGGAGUAUGGCACUAUUCAUUGUCAAAAAAGAAGUUCCUUUAUAAGCAAGAGGAGCAGAUUCCUUUUAAGUAAGUGUACUAAUGCCACUGUUUGUUGAUUUCUGAUUUUAUGUGAUGAUUUUCUUGUAAAUGUUACAUGGCAUUAAGAUACUGCAGAUUGACUGAAGUUAAUGCAUUGUGAUUUGAAAGGUUUUGAAAGGACAAUUGAUGACUAAGAGUUUGUUUUAUUUUUUUAAUGGAUGUUGCAGAGUUGAUAGGAAUUUUGUAUUCAUGGGAUUAAUAAUUAGACCAUGAUUAACUGGUUUUGUAGACUGUACUUGAUAUUCAAGCCAUGCUGUAUGCAUUUUUUGUAAUAAUUUUAGAAUUCUGUUAUUGAUUUUCAAAGAAAUUCUUAAAUUAGAAAGAUAUUUUAGAUAGCUAUAUCUAAUAUUCAACAACAACACAUCAGAAAUUUAUGUGGGAUAUGUAUUGAAAUAACAAACACAUUUUCCAGCUGCAUUUAAAGGAAUAGAAAUGUAAUGAUUUAUAGCCGUGAGAAAUGCUUUAGAGAUUUUACUCUUUGUAUUACUAUUUAAAUGUUAGCACUAGUUCUUAGAAUGUGAAUGACCUUGUUCAACAAAGUGUAAUGAAAGUUAUAGAUAUGAAAGCCAGUCCUCAAGAACAACUUGGUUGAGUUCAAGCUGUGUAGAAGGAUGCUUCAUGUCAUACUGGUAGCAGGUUUGGAUCUUUUAUGACAACUGUUUGUUGCAGGAGCAUUAUCAUUAUUGUUUUCAAGGUUGUUUCUUGUUUUAUACAUGAUUUUCAUACCAUUCUGUUGUACGGUGGAAAGCAUGUACACCAGAAUUUUAAGUAAGCCUGUUGUAGGGCUGUGAUACUGAGUAUGAUAAAUCCACCAGACUUGUAUGGUCUUAUUUGAAUGAACAGAAAAGGUCAGAUGGGGUUGCUCUCUAACGUAUUUAGAUCCAGAGUCACUUUACAAAGAAAUGAUAUUGAAGUGGAAUAACAGUAUUACAGAAUUAUCUCCACCUAAUCACUUAAUGUAUACCAAAGAUUAACUGCAUUUUGUAUUUUCUUAUUGUUAUUAUUUUAUUUACUUUGUAUUUAAAAAGAUAUACGUUAUAAAUUUAAGUUAUUGAUAUAUGUAUAACUCAGAAUUUACUGUCAGAAAUACAGAAUAUAAAUUCCACAAUAAAAGAAAGUAGCUUAUUAAAGAGAAAUGGAAAUACAUUUUAGGUUUCUGAUGUAUGGUCGGGAACAGCUAAUUGUGUGCAUGGAAAAGCACCCCAUCUAGUGCUGCCAUUGUCAUCUCAAUGAGCCCCUUGAGAUUAACUUGAGUCACAGUAGGUAUCAUCUUAAGGAUGGUUUUAAGUUGGGGUUGUGCUCCUCUAUUUAGAAGUUUAGAUUUUUAUUUGUGUCCGAAGUAGAUUCCUAGACGUUGCCAAGCUUUCCUGAUCGGAAGUGAGAGUUUUCUGAACUGUCAUGGAUUUGCUCAUUUCACAUGUGCUUUUGAUGCAUCACCUAUUUGAUAUUCUGUUUCUUAAAAGAUCUUCAUUGUAAGUCUCUUACACCUUUUCUCCAUAGACAUCGUUAGAUUUAUACUACUAGGUUUAGUUUAUGGUAAAUAGCACGAGAGAAGCUGUCAGUAUAAGCAUAAAGAUUAAUGCAAGCCUGAUGAGAAGACUAUUUUUAAGUUGUCAGGAUUGGGCUAUCACUUUUUCCUCUUUAGGAUUAGCUACUUGAGAUUGACAUAUAUUCUUCUAGUCUAUUUCAGAGUACAAAACACUUUAAUAACUGGGAAGCUUCCAGCAAUAAUACUUUGUGAAGGCUGUUUGCAGUCUGAUCCUUGUGAGUUCUGAGACUGGAUCAGGGUGUUUGAAAGAACUAAUUUCUUAAGAAAAGGUCAAAGCACAAAUAUGCAAUUGCACUUAAGUCUCUCUCUCUCUCUCUCUCUCUCUCUC